AUGUCAAGGCCAGUUGACUUCGUGAUUGCAGGUCUUGGCAAUCCAGAAGAAGAAUAUGCCACCACACGUCAUAAUGCAAAUGCAAUAGGGCUUGAACAAGGAGAAGGAGCACCUGUUUUUUAUAGACGGUUUAAUUUAUCAGCCGAUGUACGAGAUAUACCAUAUACUUUUAAAUAUGAAAGUGGGUCGUCUACUGUAACUAAUUCCUUAAGGAUCGUUUUAAUGAAACCCUUGACUGCCAUGAACGAAUCAGGAUCGUCAAUACAAAAAGUGAUGAAAAAUUAUGCAGUUACCGAUUCUAAAAAGUUGAUAGUAGUAGCCGAUGACUUAAACACACAACCAGGUAUAUUGAUGGUUCAAGGUGGCGGGGAGUUAGCUGCAAUGAGAGGCCAUAAAGGAUUAGAAAAUAUUGUAUCAGUAAUUGGUACCGAUUUUGUGAGAUUGGGUAUUGGACGGCCUGCAGAAAAUUCUACGCCAAUUUCUCAAUGGGUUUUAAGCCCAUUUACCAAAGAAAAUCGAGAAAUGGAUCUUUUUGGUUACCUUUUACAAUUGACAACGCAAGCAUUAGAAAAUUAUAGUAUUCAUCGAGAUUUGAAGCAAGUAAAGAAGAAAUUUGCACGGCCUAGAAAGAUACCGAAUAAAUUGACAGAAAUGAAUAGGUAG